AUGGCAUCCCGCAACGCUGAGGCUUCCGCCAACUCUGACCCCAACGGCUUCCACGCCUCUGCUCCCAGAGACGAGCCUCUCACCAAGACUGGCCACCAGCCUGGAAAGCUCGUCGGCAACGACGCUGCUCCUGAGUUCCACGCCCAGACCCUUCCUGCUGGCACCGCUCCUCCUGAGCAUGCAUCAGAUACCAUCGGCGGUGCCACCUCCCAGCAGGUCCACACCGGUCUUGGUCACCCCGGCCAAGGUCAGUCCUCCGCUGAGCUGAGACACGACGGCUCUUCGCACAACAAGAACGCCGGCACUGGUCUUGACGGCCUUCUCUCUGGCGCUCAAGGCAAGACUGUCGACUCUCGUCUUCCCGAGCACGCCGGCCAGCGCAACCUCGAGAGCGACAAGGCCAUGGGUGGUACCCGCAGCAACAUCUCCAACGCUGAGGAUAGAAUCCCCGACUCUGCUUAA